AUGCCGAUCAUUCUGGUGGAGGGAGGCCCCACCUACGAGGUUGCACUGAGUGGGGAGGCUUCCCUUAUCAACUCCGUCCUGGACAACGCAGAGAUUGACUACGGCCUACAGCCAGAAGAGAUCUCCCUAAAAGGAGAGGGUAGCUUUCCCAGGAUCUCCUUGGACCUCCCCAGGAAUAUCAAAGGAAAUGAAAAAUAUGAGAAGGUCCUCAAGGGGGCAAAAGAGGAGAUGGAACAAGACAGCCAGAGAGAUGAAGCUGUUGUUCUGGGAGAAACUGUGGCUGCAGAGCCACCCACGGACGGCUCCAGCAGCAUGUUGGAGCCUUGUCUGCAGAUGCAGAUGGAGCAGAUGCUGCUAGAGGAGCAUGCCCUGGAGCAGCUGAAAGCUCUGGCCUGCGGUCCCCCAGAGGACACUGCCUUUGACCAGCGUGCUCGCUGCGGGCUUCUCAAAGCUGAGCUGCCUGAGUGCAUCCUGGACUUUGGCUAUGUCAUUCGUGGUAGCAUCCACACUCACGUUGUGAAGAUCACCAACACCGGGCGGUUUCCUGUGUCCUUCUACACUGACAAGAGGGUCCUGCGUAGCACAGGUAAUCACUACUGGUGCGAUUUCACGUGGGCUUGA